CCGGUACGGAACCGUUGUGGAGGGCUUGAAGAAACUACUUUGCGCAGAAAAUUUCGGAUUGCAUUUGAUGCUGGUUACAUUGAAUUCUAGCAAAGUCGAGUUUUCGGAAACAGGUCCCGACGUGGUCUUUCGAAGUCCUUCUGCAGGUAUUUCGUUUGCUUCAUCAUGUCAUAGCGAAGAAAGCACCCUCUUACUCACUUGGAUGCCGAUACGUUGACACACAAACAAAAAAUGGCUUGGCUUGUGCAAAUCAAUGCAGUUGUAGACUCUGCGAUCCUUAUUAUCCUUAUGCCAAACUCUUCUACAGAUGCACACCGGGAGACUCAAAUUUGCAAUUAUUUCAUUGUCUUGACUGUCCGUCCUUCCGACACCGUGCACAGCGUCGGUUUGAAAAAAACGCGGCCUUUGACAACAAGCGAGUACGGCGAGGUUUUUUCUUUCGAGUACGAUUUCUGUAAAAAGUUACUGCAGAACAAGGAGCAAGUGGAAGAUGAGUUGUUUAUCUUGAUAGGAGUCGACUUCUCUAAUCCAUAUUGCGAGGAAGCUAAUCGAUUGCGAGGACAAGUCGACAACCUUCGACUUGGUAGCUUGUGGGCGCUCAUCGUGUCAAAAUCAAGCAUGGGCUGGAGAUGCAGCAUGUUCACAGCAGCGGGACUCUCUGCGACGAAUUCUCACAUGGACUUCGCUAACAAGAUUCAUGAGCUUGCAGUAGGCAACCACUUGUCCGAAGUCGAGUACUUACUAGAAAGCUUCUUGAAGCAAACCUUGACGCUGCAGAAGCAGGACCCUGGAAGCAUCGCCCUUGCAAGUUUGCAGAAAUUCUUAAAGUCGAGGCCGCAGAGUCAGCGAGUUGAUUUGGUGUUAGCUUUGAUAGACGUGCUUCCGGAUUGUGGUACUGAAUUGGUCGAGCGGCAGCUAGGACGCUUCAAACAGCGGCAAAGUAGCACUCACCCCAAAGGGCAUGAGCGACUUGAUACCGAAGCCGGCUGCUAUGAGUGGAAAGUAGCGCGCGAUACCGACAAGCAGCAGCUUGAUGAUGUAGUAGAGCGAAACAAAGCAAUGCGAACCGAAGCUAUGCAGCGACCGCUGGAGAAGAUUCCAGAGCAAUUGCGAAAGAAAAGGGGUGGCGGAUACUACAAAUUUCUAGAAGUAUACGGUCGGCAACAGAUGGCCACGGUAUUGCCUGCAAACAAAUCAAACAACUCUUCAUCUUCAACAGACCGUUGUGAAGAAAAUGGCGAAGCGCGAGUGCUUUGGAGCAAACUGCCAGAAGAAGUAAAAGCCAAGUUCCGACUGGAGGAAACCAUAGAAGAAGCUGAAUUUUACGUCGCUGCGCUGAAAGCAUCGGAAAAGGCAUGCAGGUGGGACGUCACAGAAAGAGACAUGGAAAUACUGAAGCGUCGUCACAUAGUAGAAGCACAGCAGGAAUACUACAAUACUGUCGAGAAAGAGUGUGUUGCGUUUUUUCAUCGAAGGCCGGAAAUCCGUCCAACUCCUAUGCGAGAGCGGCAAUUGCGGUGCAAAGGGGAGCGAUUCGACGCAUCACGUGACAAGCCGGGAGAUUGGUGGGCUGCAACAAGAAAAGAGAUUCAUGACGCUGUAGCAUUUCCGCCGGAAGCAAAUCCUGUUGUUGAUAAGUUUAGGAAUCCUCCAGUAGGCCGGCUUCCAGGAAUAAUCGCAAGGUUCAUCAUGUUGAAUCGCAAAGCGGAAAGAAAGUUAAAGACCGGCAUGCCCAGUAAUUUGGAGCCUGAAAUGAGUUCAGAAACAGACAUGGAAGUAGUGAAAAAGCGGAAGGAGUACUGGCAGGAGAAUCUCGUCAUAGAGGGGAAAAUUCCACAGCUUCUAGCCGUUAUUUUUCCACGAACAGGGAAAGCGUUCAUCUUCACAAAGAUUAUGAAGACUCCCCGAGGAUUUUUAGCCGCACGACUUCGCUUCCGUGAUUCGUCUUCUAGUGCUGCAGGUUCUUCCAGUUCAUCAUCAGCAGCAGGCGGCACUACUGACGUAGAAAAAGACUCUGAGAACGGGAUACCAGAACAGCUGCUGACAGAUGGGUUUCGCGCUGAGCCUGUCACUGAGGGGUAUGCUUCUACUAGUGCUAUUUUCGCUACAGUUGACGACACAACGACAGAGAUUCACGAUAGUCGUUCUAUGGAGAUGCUUCCGCCGGAUUUCUCAGUUUUUGAAUGUCGAUUAGGUGUGGCUCCCUGGGACCCUGAUGCAACUGCGGUUGAGUUUGUAAGAGCAUUGGAGAUCAGGAAGCUGGAGAAGCCGCCUCCUGAGCCGAAAGUGGCGAGGCAAGAAGAUGGAAACAAGUGCGAGGGUGAGCGAGCUAGUGACGAUGUCCAUGCGGAAGAAGAUGCGCAACACGCAUUGAAAGUUCGCAAAGUUGCAGCAACAGCGACGGGCAGUUUGUUGAAAGGACAAGCAACAGCUGCAGCGACUUUAUCGGCAUUGUUGGGAAAAAAAAGCGAUUACAUUGAGAAGCUCAUCUUGGAAGAUAAAGAACGAAGAGUAGACGAAAAAACUGCAGAGCAGACACGCGCACGUGGUAGCCAAUUUACUUCCUCGGUGUUAGAAUGUCUUGCAUGUUUGAUAUUAUUGAAAGCACAACCUUGAUCGAUACUGAUUGCGUUCUGUAGGUAAUCUAUCUACCCGUGGAGUUUCAUCACGUCAUACCACACGAACCAUAAUAGGUGCUGCUACAACGAAGAAGACGGGGCAGACGAUUACGUUGGACAACGCCAUCGGAAAGACAGCGGACGCGACUGCAGCACUGGCAGUUCAAGAUGCUUCUAGUACAUUGCCAGAAGGUGUAUCGGCGCGAGACGCCAUAGCAGUGGUCAAACCUACCAAACCACUGACAGAAGCACAAAAAUCACAGAAGACGUAUCAACUGCUGCAACAAGCUGGCCUCAGUAGAGUUGACGCAUCAGAUGAGCACGUGAUGGUGAUACGCUCAGAAGACGAAAGGCGAAGACGCAAAGCUAUUCGCAACGAGCUUAGUGCGAGAAUCGAUCGCGAAUUGCUUCCCCCUGGCGGUUACGAUGUCGUUGGUGAUAACGCGGGUGAUCGUUAUCGUGCUUCUUGUCCGGCGUCUGAUGCUCACAUCGUUCGGAAGCUCAGAGCUCAGGGAUGCCUUCUGUACGUCGAUGGAGAUACGGGAGUCACAACGAAGACGACAGGGACUAGUUUACUACAUGAGGCGUGGAGCCGCGCCUGGUGUCUCAGUUGGUGCCAUAGAAUGUAUUGCUUGAUACGAAUAGCGAAAGACGCGCCUAGUCGUGCAACGAAAAACGCCGCUGCUGAUAAGGUUCGAUACCUGGAAUCUCGAGGAAGAUUGAUUAGGGCGCGGAUGUUGAAGGGAGUAGAGGAUCAGUUGGAUGAAGAAAGGCGAACACAGCUAGAAGCUGUCACGAAGGUAGAUCGCAUGACCGUGGCUUUUGCUGUCGUGCUGAAUGUGCAGAAGAAAACCCCGCAGAAACUAGUGCGCGCAGAGAAUAAGACUCGAGCGCCGAAAGUCGCAGCGAAAGGAAAAACAAAAGCAGGAGCAGGAGAUGCUCUCGCUCUACAUGAAGAGGACGAUCUUUUUGACGACUGAAGGGCGAACUCUAGUGGUGAUUAGUUGAAAUGCUCGAACUUUUCACAAGGUGAGCAAGCGGUGAAAUUUUCAAGAUAAUCCUGAUGAUUCUUCCAUGUUUUGUGGCUCGUUUUUCAACAUAUUUUCUGACCAUACUCACUCAUUGAGAAGGAAGCUUGCGAAUGUUGAGAACGAGGCUUGGCCGAAAUGAGUAUACCAAGUCUAUACCAACUUAGGAAAUGUUUAUACUUUGAGUAUGCCAAAUCAAGUAGGAAAAUCAUACUCACA